GUCGGGCCCCGCGCGCGACCGGCCAGAAGGGCGCCGUGGAUCGAGCGGGCGGCCGCCGGGAGCGAGCGCGGAGCGGGGCCGGCGGCGGCGGCGGCUGGGCGGGCGGCGGCCACGAUGGUGCUGGAGAGCACGAUGGUCUGUGUCGACAACAGCGAGUACAUGAGGAAUGGGGAUUUCUUACCAACCCGCCUCCAGGCUCAACAGGACGCGGUCAACAUUGUCUGUCACUCGAAGACCCGUAGCAAUCCCGAGAACAACGUUGGCCUCAUAACUUUAGCCAACAACUGUGAGGUGCUGACCACCCUGACCCCUGAUACGGGCCGCAUUCUGUCCAAGCUGCACUCAGUUCAGCCCAAGGGAAAGAUCACCUUCUGCACUGGAAUCCGUGUGGCUCAUCUGGCUUUGAAGCACCGACAGGGAAAGAACCACAAGAUGCGCAUCAUUGCCUUUGUGGGAAGCCCUGUGGAGGAUAACGAGAAAGACCUGGUGAAGCUGGCCAAGCGUCUGAAGAAGGAGAAGGUGAACGUGGACAUCAUCAACUUCGGUGAAGAGGCAUCUUUCGGACAUGCCUCGUCCCACUUCUCCCUUCAGGAAGCCAACACCGAUAAGUUGACGGCCUUCAUCAACACCCUGAAUGGCAAAGAUGGCACGGGCUCCCACCUGGUGACAGUGCCUCCGGGGCCCAGCCUUGCCGACGCCCUCAUCAGCUCCCCGAUCCUGGCAGGAGAGGGGGGUGCCAUGCUGGGGCUGGGGGCCAGCGACUUUGAGUUUGGGGUGGACCCCAGUGCUGACCCGGAGCUGGCUCUGGCUCUCCGUGUGUCGAUGGAGGAGCAGCGGCAGCGGCAAGAGGAGGAGGCCCGGAGGGCUGCGGCAGCGUCGGCCGCGGAAGCUGGGAUUCCGGCCACCGGCGGAGAUGAUUCGGAUGAUGCCCUGCUUAAGAUGACCAUUGGACAACAGGAGUUCGGCCGGGCCGGCCUGCCUGACCUCAGCACCAUGACGGAAGAGGAGCAGAUUGCCUAUGCCAUGCAGAUGUCUCUCCAGGGGACCGAGUUUGGACAAGGCGAGUCGGCCGAGGUGGACAGCAGCGCUGACAUGGACACGUCGGAACCCACGAAGGAGGAAGAUGAUUACGAUGUGAUGCAGGACCCCGAGUUCCUUCAGAGCGUGCUGGAAAACCUGCCGGGCGUCGACCCCAACAACGAGGCCAUCCGCAACGCCAUGGGCUCUCUGGCCUCGCAGGCCUCCAAGGAGAACAAGGACAAGAAGGAGGAAGAGAAGAAAUGACGGGGGCUGGGCCUCGGCCGCCCUCCCUGCCUCCCUCCGGCGCCUUCUCCUCUGUGCACUCAGGAGCCCCUCCCUUCUGCAUGCCUGAGUCUGCGCCGCUUCAGAACCUUUGGUUUCUGUAAUCUUUCCUUUAGGGGCUACCCCAGGUGGAGGAGCAGUCAGUGGUGGGGUGUGCUUAGGAUCUUUUGGGGGGCGGGUUGUGGAUUAUCAUAGAAUAAAAAAACAAAUUUUC